AAAGAGGAAGAGGAGAUGAAGCCUGCGACCAGGAGAGGCGUCACCAUGCCGUCACUCCCCAACACCUCCACCACAGGCAAACCUUUCCUCAUCUGUACCAACUUCCUCCUAACCCUCCUCUUCCUCGGCUCCUCUGCCGUUCACGGGGCUUCUCUCAGGGAGCACAGGCUGCGAGAAAGUGAACCAGACUCCCAGCGAGGAGACGUCCCCCAGGCUCCUAAUGACGACAUGCUCAAAGCUUUGGAGUACAUCGAGAGCCUCCGUCAAAGAACCGGCACGGACUCCCAGCAGCGCGCCCCUCUCGCUGCUGGGUACGAUGCCAGCCACAUGGAUGAUGCUGAGAAGCUGCGUGCCAUGCUGAGACUUGCUUCUAACCCUAUGCAGAGCAAAGAGGAGGAGGAGGAGGAGGAAGAGGAGGAGGAGGGGAGAGAGGACAAGAGUGAAGAGCUCCUCCAGGCUGUGCUCAGCACCCUGCAGCAGACCGAAAAGGCCUCCAAGCCAGCUGUACCUCGCCCCAGUGUCGAAGGAGCGGGCGUAAGGGACGGCGCGCAACCCAGGGUGCAGCAGAAGCAACACAACAUCAAGCCUCACAAGAAGCUGCCGCUAAUGUUUGAAGACGAGGAAGAGGGCGAGGGAGACGAGGAGGAGCCGGAUCUGGUGCACGAGAGCCCCUUCAAACGCACCAACGAGAACGUGGAGGAGAAGUACACGCCGCAGAAUCUGGCGACGCUGCAGUCCGUGUUCGACGAACUGGACAAGCUUACAAGUGUGAAGACCAUGCAUAAGCGGGAAGAUGAGGAGGAUGACAUGGAGGAAGGUGAUGACGAGGAGGAAGGUGAUGAUAUGUUUAAUGUGAGGAACGUGGCCUACGAUGACGUAGGAGGGGAUCUCGCUGACUGGGGUCCGCUACGAGAUCAGGAGGAGGAGGACAAACACGAGGCCGACCGAGGGCUUGAUUAUGUUGAUGACAACGACGAAGAAGCUGAUGAGGAAGAUGAAGACGAGGAAAGCUACCCAGUCAAGAGAUCAAAGGAUCCAAAUGAUGUUGUCAACCUGGUAGACUACUAUCUCCUGAAAGUGCUGGAGAAAACAGAGCAAGAAGAGCACAAGCGAGAGAUAGAGGAAGAGGAGAAGAAGAGGGCCGAGAGGAGAGUGAAUCAGUACACAGACAACAUAGAUCCACGGGCCAUCUACCAGCUCAUCCAGAUCUCCCAAAGGUACCAGAUCCCUCCUGAAGACCUGGUGGACAUGCUGAAAACCGGGGAAAUGACGAAUCAAGACAAGUCACGAAAGAGCAACCAAUUAGAACGAGCAGGAAGCAAGCCGUCUCCGACGUCCCCGAAGAAGACAUUCUACAACAGACGCUUUCCUGACAGACAAAAGACUCCCGAAGAGCGGCGGACAGAAGAGAUCCUCAACAUCCUGGGCCUGGGCGGCGCGGAGGAUCGAGCUCCUGUCAGGAAGCAGCACAAAAGCUCGCCGUCACGACUUCACACUCAGCCCCUGGGGCGUUCGGGGGAAUCCGCUCCCACGCAGCGGCGCCUUCCCAGCACAUUAAAGGACGACUACGACGACACCGUGGACGAGGAUGAGCUGGCGGCUUAUUUAGCGGCUCAGAUGUUGGCACAGUAUCCAAACCCCGCGUACAGGAACAACAAAGCGAGCCAAAAGCGAGACGAAGUGGGGCAGAGCGUGACGGGCUCUUUCGAACAGGCGAUACAGGCUUAUUUUGAUCAAAUGGACUCAGAUAAAAGCCCGAAUGAAAAGAGACAGACUGAGGAGGAAGAGAGGGGCGAAGGCUUUGAUAACGAGGCGGUGAUGAAGCUGCUCAGCUUCCUGAACCCUGGAAGUGAAGAACGUGAUAGUGAAGCCAAACCUGCCCACGCAAUAUAAAGACUGCUAUAGAUAGAUAUACAUAUAUAUAUAUAUUGUGUUGGUGGAGGGACAGGGUGCAAAUAAAGUAUUUUGAAGAAUAAAACACGCAGUCAACUUUAGUUAUUCUGUAGGGUUACAAGAGUUCAUAUUUAUUAGCAGAAAUGUGUUCAGACAUUCAUUUGAUGAUUUUCUUUUAAUGAGUUUGUUGCUCAACACUUAACAACCAGAACAUGUGACACACACACACACACACACACACACACACACACACACACACACACACACACA